CGGGGCACGCCUCUUCCUGUUAUGGGCGGGGCCCGGUACGGUCGCUGGAGACAUCGCCAUUGUAGGCGGGCAGCGCUGGGUGACGGGACCGGGAAGGAGCUGCAGGCCGCCACCGCCUCACCGGAUAGCUCGCUCGGGACCGGCUUCGGGGGGCAGCGUGACAAUGUCUAUGGAUAGCAGCAAGUUCGCCCAUCUGUCCCUUACUCAGCUCAAUGAGCUGCUGGAGGAUGACGCCAAGCUCGGGCAGAUGGCCCAGGAGAUGGACGAGGCCCAGAAUCUUCAGCUCAGUAAAGAGAUGACACUUGCUGGCAACCGGAGCUUGGCAGAGGCAAACCUGCUUUACCAGCCCAGGAUGGACAACUUAAAAGCCACUCUGACACAGAAAUACCAAGAGCUGCAGACAGUCAUGGAGUCCCAUCAACUGAAGAAGACAAAACUGGAUCAGCAAUCUGUGAAUGCGUCAUUGGAAACCUUAUUGGCACUUCUGCAGACGGAAGGAGCCAAGAUAGAGGAGGAGACCGAGAACAUGGCGGAAAGUUUUCUUGAUGGGGGCGUACAGCUGGAUUCUUUCACUGAUGAAUAUUUAUCGAAGCGCAAGUUGGCACAUUUAAGACGUGUAAAAAUAGAGAAACUGCAAGAAAUGGUGCUAAAAGGACAGAGACUCCCCCAGGUUUCUAUACUUUCACAGUCAAAGCCAGCUGAGGGUAUCCAGGCACCUCCAGCGUCAUACCCAUCGGGUUUCAAUGCACCGCCAUCCGCCAUGCCCAGAAGAGCUGUCCCACCUCCCCCAUCUUCUCAAGCUGGAAUGUACCCAACUCCUUUUGCAGUGGCUGCACAACAGCCUUCUCCUGGGCUCCCAUAUGCAGUGUCUCCAACUCCCCCCAUCCCUCCGCGGGUUGGCUAUCCACCUCUCUCUCAGAUGCCUCAGCCUGGUUAUCCUAACCCAUUCGCACCUCAGUAUCCUCCGGCCCUUCCUCAAAGACCACCUCAACGUCUCCCUCCCAACGCUGGGUUUAUUUUAUAGUAAUCCGGUCUCAUUGCGCCUCCUUCAAACAUUGGUGCUCCCAGUUUCCUGGAUAUGUAUGAAACAUGCACAUAUUGGACCAUGCAGCAAUCCGCAGGACAACUUUUCAAAGACUUAGGCGCUCAUGCUCAUCCCCAUUCAAGAGACUUUCUGGCUUCUGAAUGAAUACUUUGUGGGGUUUGGUUUCAAAGUCUGAUUUUCUGGUUUAGGUUGUGAAGCAGACGUGUAGACAGAGCGGCACAAUUGCUGCACCACUGUGUUGCUUUCUUAUUUUUGUAUCCAUGCUGAAGUUAUACAUGUGAAUGCUGCAUUGGAAUGAAUAGUUCUGUUGUGCUGCAGCCAUUGGUAAUGUUAAUCAGCUGGCAGUGCAUGGGAUUAGACGGCAACAAAACAAUGCACUGGUCCAUUGCCAAACUCCUCAGGUUUCCAGCGACCUCCUUAUCACGAGGCUCGAGCAGAGUGCUGAACAAUGAGGAUUGCACUGCAUAUCUUACACAUGAUUCUCAGUGUCUCGUACCAUACCCCCCCCCCCUAACAUUAGGACAUUAACAGGAUCAUUCAGGGAUUAGAAUGUUACUAAAAUCUGUAAUGUGCAAACUAAAUGCGGAUGGAGUGGAUGCAAUUUUCCUGUGUGACAACAAUGCAUUUUUUAUAAACGUAUGCACGUGGCUUUGAUGUGCCUUAGACUAACUGCUUGCUCCUGGACUAUGAAGGAAAGACUGCAUUGUUUUGUCUUUUAAUUGCCCUUGGCUUAGCUUUGAUUGCUAGGAAGGGUUUUCUGUUGUAAAUUAGCAUCUUUUGCUAUAAUGCAACUUCCACAAGUGUAAAAUUAGAAGUUCGUUUGGUAACUUUCAAAAUCUUCCAUUUUAUUUAUGCAACUGUCCUAAAGCUCGGCCUUUUCCUUAAUCCUGGCCACGGUUAGUGUUGGCAUUUUAUAGAUUUCUAUUUCUUUCCAGUGGCAGCACACGAGAAUAAAGUGCCACAUCUAGAUAGGUGGUUUUAAAGUAGGGUAAAGCCAUAUAUUAACAUACAGAGCAGAAUUGGUUGUGGCAAAA